CGAUUGAAAGCAGUUAUAUAUUUCAGUAUUUUACUUGAAAUAUAGAAACAAUAAGUAUAAAAUUAUUGUCAUAUGAAGUACCAUAUACGACUGUAAGCAUCCGGAAAAAAGACUUUGAAGUUCUAUUCAGGAUGGCAGCCAAUUUCUCAAACGGAACUCUUACAUAUUUGAGGGAAAUAGAAUACCAAAGAUUUCUAGAAAAAGAUAUCCCAGCUACACUAUUUCUCAUAUUUCUGUCAGUCAUAGGUACAAUUGGAAAUAUACACACGAUAUUGGUAUAUAUAUUAUCACCGAUCAUGGCAAAAUAUUCGGUUCGAGUUUUUAUCAUUUGGCUUGCCUUUAUCGAUCUUACAGCAUGUGUAUUUUGUAUGCCUUUUGAGAUUUUCGAUAUUCGAUACGACUACACAUUUUCAUCUGUCGGUGCUUGCAAAUUCUUCAAAUUUCUAAAUCAUGUUAUUACAGGGGCUUCCAGCAUAUUAUUGACUACAAUUGCCAUUGAAAGAUAUAGAAUAUUUGUCAAAAACUUACCGACACUAAUUACAAAUUCACAAAGGUCGAAUGUCAUAUCUUCUGUUCUAGUAGGAUUAUCCAUGAUAUUGUCAAUCCCAGUAUUAAUAUAUUAUGGUGUGAACGAAAAAGAAACAAACAUUUUUUGUGUAAUGGGUGAGGAAUGCAAACUUCAUCCAAUGUAUAAAAAUAUAGAAUAUUUAGGAAUUUAUUACAGUAUAACAUUAUUUAUAGGUUUAGUUUGCGUUGUUAUGUGCAUAGUUUCAUAUGGAAGAAUACUGCAUGAAAUUUGUACUCGAGAAAAAUGGAGGAAAUCAAUAAGAAAGAGAUCGGUUUCGUCUUUGAAUUCAACUUCGGAUAUAAGAUCGGGUAGCACUCAAAUAACAUCAACUAUUCAAAAUGAGGCGGUAAAAUUAAAUAAAUUGGAAGCUGGAACCUGUGACAGGGCAAACAAAAAGUCGACUCGUUCAUCGCACAAUCUUGGAAAUGCGAUUCGACUAACCAUAAGCCUCAUGAUAGCAACCGCUGUAUCCUACAUAGGAAAUAUGUUAUAUGUUUUCACGAAAAUGGUCCAAAUAUUGAAUCCUAAGAUGUAUCAAAACAGUAUCCGGCCAGUCUCCGAUAUCAUAGGGCGCGGAUUUUUUGUUAACAAUGCAACUAAUCCUGUAGUAUUUUGUCUUUUGGAUAGAACUUUUCGACAGGAAUGCCUGAAAUUGUGUGGGAAGAUAUGUUCUCAGAAAAAUAAUUCACCGGAAUAAAAAUGAUAAAACCUUCUAUGAGUCAUAAUUUGAUACAGCUUAUAUGCCUAUAUUUUGUGUGACAGGAUUGCAAAAGAGGUAUUCUACUUAACCAGAUUAGCGCAUUCUUGACUUUUUUACUUGAACUUGUAUAUAUGCCAAUUUGUAUUACAUUUGAAAUAUUUACAUCGUACAGCUAUGAAUAAACCAAAAUUUUAGAAAGUUUGCACAAUCAGACAACACAUGCUGACGAAAUUCGACACCUGAAAGUUACACAAUCUCAACUGUUGUAUAAUAGAGUCUUCUCUAUGAGAAACUUUAUCAAACAAUAAUUUUUGGAAUAUUGGAUAAAGUGUUAUUGUAGGAUAUAUUAUUAUAAAGAAAGUGUUUUGAGUAAA